GUUUAUUGUUAUUAUAUUGUGUAGACGUAAAGUGACAUAAAAGCAUUUAGGCUAAUUUCAUAAAAUUAUUGUAUGCAUAUGUAUCACAUGUUUGUUGUAAUUUAGUUAAAUGUUUCUGGUUAUUUUGUGCAAUUUCGUGAAUACCAGAAUUACUGCGUCAUAUGAACCAUAUUUAGUUAACGCUCCAUGCUGCUAACAUUUUCAAAAUCGUCAAUUAGAUUGGUUUACGCCACAACUGGGCCACGACGGAUUGUCACCAGCUCAUUAGAUCUCAAACUAAACCAUUAUUGGAAUUUCAUUUGGUAUUCAAAUUAUCGCACAGCUUACGCGCAUCGAACUAAAUACGAAAUGGAUAAAGUAUAUUUACGUCAUGAUGGGUCCAACCAAGACCUUCAUAUUAACUUUAGGUUUACCAAUGAAGAUGUACGAGUGGAUAGAGAUUUCAACUUUUGUCGUAAAAUGACUGAAAAUAUAGAAGAUGCUCUAGUACGUAUACGGAAUAAUAUAGAAAAGGAAUUGAGUAAAAAAUCGAAAAAGAGCAAAAAGAAAGGAAUGGCUCAAGUACAAGAACCUGUAACCAACACUUGUGAUGAGGUUCUUGUGGAAAUUGUUCGUUCUGAAUUAUGUAAAAAGGUUGAAAAUAUGACUUUUGAGAAACUAUUGGAAACAGAAACUAAUGACUUGAAAUUACGUGUGAUGAAUAAAAACUAUGAAAUAGUGUACAAUUUACCUUGGGUAUUAAAUUUAACUUUGCCCACAAAUAUACUAGCUGGGUUCAGAGUUUACCCGAGUAAAGUAGAAUUACAGUUUGCAGAUCGUAAGCAUAGUAUUGGAAAAUGGUAUAAAACAAAAAUGCCACCUAGCGGAGAUUUAAUUCGUGGGACUAAAUGGAUAGAGUGCGGGAACGGAUUUUACUAUGUUACCAGUAACAAUGAUAUAGGAUACUAUUUAAAGUUUUCGUUAACACCUGGAAAUGAGGCUGGUCAAUAUGGCCCACAAGUUGAACAGAUUUCUAAAAAUGAAGUACAAGCAGGACCAGGUCAAUGUCCGUUUGAGACGAGACACUCUUUUACCAAAAAUCGGUUGAGAGGUGAUUAUUUUCGAGUGGUUUCCUAUAAUAUUUUAGCUGAUCUAUAUGCUGACAGUGAUUAUACACGAACUCACCUUUUCCCUUACUGCCCACCAUAUGCGUUAAAAAUCGACUACCGGAAGCAAUUAUUCAUGAAGGAAAUAAUUGGUUACAAUGCUGACAUCAUUUGCUUGCAGGAAGUUGAUUUAAAAAUAUUUGAUCUAGAACUGAAAAAUAUCUUAGAAUCCGACGAACUAGAUUAUAAAGGUGUCAUUGCUCAGAAAGGCACUUGUGGAGAGGGUGUGGCAAUAUUUUACUUGAAAUCCCGUUAUAAUUUACUUCAUAAAUAUGAACUUAACAUUGGGGAAAAUAUACGUACACUCCCGCAGUUUGCGGAAUUAUGGCAACAAAUUCAAAAUAACACGAAGCUUGUGGAACGAAUUUGCGAUAGGUCAACAACGCUGCAAGUAUUGGUGCUAAGGUGUAAUGAGAGUGGGCGUCAUUUAUUAGUUGCGAACACGCACCUCUAUUUCCACCCAGAUGCGGAUCAUAUUAGGCUAUUACAAAUAGGUUUUGCUAUGUUGUACGUCGAGCAUAUAUAUAACGAUACCAUAACUAAACUAAAUUUGUCCGAUCGUCGAGAGCUUUCAUUGCUAUUUUGUGGCGAUUUUAACAGUGUUCCGGAAUGUGGCAUUUAUAAAUUAAUGGUGGAAGGAAAUGUGGGCAAAGACUUCAUUGAUUGGACAAGCAAUACCGAUGAGGCAGUACAAAAUGUUUCCCUUUCUCAACCUUUUAAAAUACAAUCUGCAUGCGGUACACCUCCUUACACGAAUUUUACACAUGCAUUUGCAGCCUGUCUUGACUAUAUAUUUUAUCAAAGCGAUCACUUGGAUGUUCACCAGGUGGUGCCAUUGCCAACUGAAGAGGAGCUGAAAUGCCAUACUGCCAUACCAUCUGUGGUUUUCCCCUCCGACCAUGUGGCUCUAGUUGCAGAUCUGAGGUUUAAAUCGUUAUAAACUUAUUUAAGUUUAGCUUUGAAGAACUUGUAAUCAUGAAAGUGAAUAAAUUUUAUACAGUUUAA